CAUGUACAUUGUACUUGUACAUUGUGUACACAUGUGGUUGUAAAAUACUUUUAGGGAUCGGGACGCCGCCGGCCGGAUGGAGAUUUUUAAGCAGCGCAGGGCGGCGCGGCGCGGCGGUGUAUAGACCAAAAUGCCGGCACGGCCAGUAUAAAUGCAUGCACUGCGUGUGAUUUAUGAUGUUCAUGAAUAUCUCAGAUCAUCAUCGUUGCGUGGGAAAAUUCACUGAGACUCUCACUGUACACUUUAUCGUCUAUGGUCUAGUCUUAUUUGGGAAGUAAAGCACUAAAGGAAAUUUGUACUUGUGACUUGUGUGGUCAAGGUGGUGUUUAGAUUUUGGAGCUACACAAAGAAACAUGCCUAGCACUCAGGAUUUCCGCACUCAGUAGCACUAGCAGAGCCAGAGGAUCGGAGUGCGAAGAGAACUUCGGGAAAUAGCUUUCACAGCAGUGGCACUGGAACUUUAGCUUGAAAGCCUAUUGAGUGUAUUGUGAAAUUAUCUUUGCAAACCCUCCUAUGAGAAUGAAUGGGUUUAGUACAGAGGAGGACAGUCGUGACUCCGGGCAUGGUCAGAUCUGUUGCCUCGUGGACGACGGAAAUCGAUGCGCAAGACCGGCGGGGAAUGCCUGCUACAGCAAACGUAUUGCCAAGACGGUGCAACAACGGAAACUCAAGCUCAAUAUUGACCACAGUGUCAGGCAUAUUUACAUCUGCGACUUCCACAAAAGCAUGAUACAGAGCGUCCGCAACAAGCGUAAGAAGCGUGACAGUGAUGACGAGGCGGGCAUAUCCCCCGACCGCGACCUGGACCUGCCAGAAGUACGUAGCAGCAGACUGAUGGUGGAUCUGUUUCAGCUUCAGGUCAAUACUCUGAGGAGAUACAAGCGUCAUUAUAAACUCCAGACGAAACCUGGUCUCAACAAAGCCCAACUAGCUGAGACGGUGGCGAGGCAUUUCAAGACUCUCCCUGUCAACGAAAAGGAAGCGCUGACCUACUUCAUCUACAUGGUGAAAAACCACAAGAGCAGAUUUGACCACAAGUCAGACAUCUAGUUCCUAGUACCCUCGGGAACUAUUCUGAACUGAACUGAACCAGAUGUGAUCAGAGUAUCCUGUCAAAGAACCCGACUAGUCAGAUAAUUUUUUUCCUCCGGAGUGGAAAUCAUCGACUUCACAGGCUUAGUGCUUUGUACUGAUAGUGCUGCUGACAUCUGGAAUUAGGAAAUAUUAACAGUGUGAAAUUGAAUGUCCGAUUUGAACAUCAGAGAGGGCUGGAUGAAAGUACUAUUGACACUGACGGGGUUAUAUCUCUUUUCAUUUUGGCUGGCUUCAUCUGUGGACUAUCUUCAACUCUCGAGGACUUCAGAGAUUGCUUAUUAACCAGUUCACACCAGGAUUAUUUUGACAAGAACAGAACAAGGCGCGGGAUUUCUUUUCACUCGACCUCAAGCCAGGCGGGUUGAAGCCAUCACCCUCGGGCAGCACACUCAUAUUUCUGGCCUGCGAGUGGGUUGCUGACAGAUAUUUCCGGCCUCGCUCGUUGCGUGUUUAUCUGUCAUCCGUUCCGAAUAUCGCUAAACUUUUGCGUGUACACAUAGCCUCCGGCGCGAACUGGUUAAUAAAUUGCAUGCAUGUCAUUGCAACUUAAUUUUAUUCUUAUCUUUGUUGGUAAUAGCCUUUAUGCAGCUUUAGUAGUGGAAAAAUGCCUUCUUCAAACUGUUUCUGAAUGCACACUUUAAAGUUAGGGUGGAUCAUUUGUAAUUUAUGCAUGUUAUUCAAUUGAAACAACAGAAGUGCUCAAUAUCUAAAGACAGGUGCUUAACAACUAACCCUGAUGAACUUUUAGCUCUGUGAGUACUGUAUAUUCCAAGACAACAAUAUUCUAGGAUCUCGGAUUCUAUUCAAAAGUUGCCGAGUCAUGUAUUGAAUUGCGUCAAGAAGAAUGAAUUUCAUUUAAAGUGAAACCCAGUUUCUUAAAAAUGUUCACAAUACUUGUACAUGCUCUUUGAAUUGAAGAGGAUAUUUGAAUUUUAAUUGUGCAUAGCUUGCAGUGAGAUUUAUUUGAUAAAGGGAGGAUUUCACCUGUUUUCCCCUGGUGUUUUGGGGAGGGGGAGGGGACUAGUUUUUUUUUUUCGAUGGGGAAACGGCGAGAUGUUUUCUGAUUGAAUAGGAUCCAAAUCUAAUUAUGCAUAAAACCAUCACCCGUAAGCUUGUCCAUGCAGAUUUAUGCAUAUGAAAUAAUUAUGAAAUUUGAUUAUUAAAAAUGAUUUUAACAUUAUUAUCAUAGUUCAUAUUUCAAGAAAUAGCUUGCUGAAGAAAAAUCUUGAAUACGUUUGUAUUUAAAAAAAUGUACAAGCCUGAAAGUUUGAAACUGUACUAUCAUAGGCUAAUUUUGAAUUUAUUGGUUCAAAACGCUGUCCAAACUUUAGACAUGUUAUUUAAAUUAAAGAAAUAAUGGCUCAAACUUGUACAUUUGUAUAGCAUUCCCUUGUUAAAAAUGUUUGGAGAGAAGUCGUGCAUUUUUCCAAUUUUCCUUUAUAUUUGUGUAGCUAUUAAACUAUUUCAAGCAACUACA